AUGCGGGUCGAUCGAGGUAUAUUUUUCACGAUGUUGCUAGAUGAUGUGGAUAUAGGAUUGUGCGAACGUUGCAACAAGAAAAUUGCUUUCUGUAACAAACGUGCAUCCGAGUUGCCUCGACAAGUCAACGAUCGUGUUGACGCGAUUAUCAAGACCGAGUGGACGCGCACAGCAGUGUCGGACACAUUGACGGACACAUCUAUCGACAUGGUGGAGACAACCGCGCCGACUCAGGCUGCCGAUGGACAAACGCAAUUCGGUAACGCACGUCACCUCGAUCCGUCCGACUGCAUCUUCGUCUUCAAAAAUACAUUGUCGGAUUACGAGGAGCCGCCGUCUGACGAGGAGGUAGAGAGAGAAUCGCGCACUCUCGGCUUCGAUAAUGUUACAUCAGUCUUCUUUCCAAGUGUGGAAGAUUGGAAAAGAUUAGAGACUAAUGGCGAUUAUAUCGGCGUGUUUCCGACCGAGUAAUCCAUCAAGAAGCUAAUGUCUUGGUUGCCACCGCGAAUAGAACGUCAUGAUUACGCCA